UUACAAAAAAUUUGCUGAAUAAAUAAGAUAUUAUUAUUUAACUAAAAAUGUUGAAAACAUUUGAAGUAUUAAAGAAUGCAAUAAAGUUAAAAAAUACAACAGUUGUUAUUGAUAAUUUAGUAUUUAAAUUUCAUUAUCGUGCAACUGUAUUGAUACUAUUGGCUGGUUGUGUAUUAGUGACGUCACAACAAUAUAUUGGUGAACAUAUUAAAUGUAUUGGUUCUGGUGAUGGGAAGAAAAUACCCGAACAUGUUUUAAAUACAUUUUGUUUUUUUACGGCAACAUAUACAGUGGUAAAGCAUUUAAACGCAUCGUAUUUGGAAACUGGUUACAUAGCACAUCCAGGUGUUGGCCCAUUACCAGCGUAUAGUGAUGAAGAAAUUAUCCGCCAUGCUUAUUAUCAAUGGGUACCGUUUGUGCUAUUCUUACAGGCUAUUCUAUUCUAUUUGCCACAUUUAAUAUGGAAAAGAAAAGAAGGUGGACGAGUUAAGAUGUUAGUUGUAGGAUUACAAUUAGCAUCUUUUGCAAUUCAUGAUAAACCUUAUGAAGUUCAGGGUAUGAAAAUUCCAUCAAAAAGCGAAAAGAAAAACCAUUUUAAAACCAUCAAAAAGGCUUUUAUCAGUAAUUUACACAAUCAACCGUGGUCCUAUUGGCUAGUUUCCUGCGAAAUAUUAAACUUGUUCAAUUUAAUUAUAAACAUAUAUUUAACAAAUAAGUUUUUAGGUAAUAAUUUCUUACGUUUAGGACCAACAGUGUGUUCACAAGGUUUAGAAUCAGAUAUUGAUAUAUUAGAUGAAGUAUUUCCAAAAGUAACAAAAUGUGAUUUUUUUAAAUAUGGUCCAUCAGGAUCAAUUCAAAAAUUUGAUGCUCUUUGUGUGAUGGCAUUAAAUAUUGUUAAUGAAAAAAUUUAUUUAGUUCUAUGGUUUUGGUUUUUAUUGUUGUUAAUUGUAACAAUCAUAGGUUUGUUAUGGCGAUUAUUAACCAUUUUGUUACAUGCUCGCAGUACAAAAUUCACGUCAUUUGUAUUUUCAAUGGCUUGUCCAGGGAAAUUAAAAUUUCACGAUGUUGCUACGGUGUCAGGAAAAUCACAUUUUGCUGACUGGUUGUUUUUAUAUUAUAUAGCAAAAAAUAUGGAUGGACAUGUGUUUAAAGAAUUGUUUGUAAGUUUGGCAGAAGAUUUAGAUGGUACUAAUUCAGAUUCUUCAGAGUAUAUUGAAGAUGAUAAUCAUGAUUUAUUACCGCCAAAAGUUGAUAUUGAUGAAGUAGAUGAAUUACAUUCUGAUGUAACCAGCUUGUGAUUUUACGAUUUAUAUGAUUUAAUAGUUUAUUAAUUAUUGUAAAACUACAUCUAUCUCUAAGAACCAAUGAUGAAAAUAUAUUUUAUCAAUGUAAGAUUCUAAGACCGAAAUAUUUCGAAUAGUAUCUUGAAAAUUUAAAUUUUGAUAAAUUAGAAAAUUUU